AUGGGUGUCAUCAGAGACGAGGCAAUGGACGCGGGUGGAGUGUUGACUAGUGACGGUGGAUGUUGGCUUCGCGGCGCUGAUAGAGACAUUGGCCUUUCGCUGUACACUCCGGCCUAUGCAUCUCAAAUUCACCCCGAACGAAGAAGUCCUUCUCUCACCCUUUCGAGCGUCUUCAAGAUCGAAAGCAGCAGUCGAUAUGGCUUCGAGGUCGAUGUUCGCGUCAGCGAGGAGAGCCAGGAAUGGCCCGAGCUUAUCAUCGACGUCGGUUGCUAUCACCUGGGCUACGUCAUGCACGUUCGCAAUGACAACUUAAAGACCGAUGGUCAAGAAACCGGCGUUGAGACGAUCUAG